AUGGACGGGACCACGAAGCAGGCGCUCCUGGCGGUGGUGCAAGUCUGGCUCGACAGGCUUCAGACUAUGGCUGUCAUCACAACAUUCUUUGUAUCCAUCGACAGUAUGCUUUACGGAUACGCAUCUGUCUCUGUACCACCAAACGCGGAUAACUGGUCCAACGCAGACCUUCUGAAGAGCGCAACGUUAGGCGGCUCCAUAAUUCUCCACGUUUGUGCUUCCAUUCUCGCAUACCUCGCAUCUUUCGUCCUCAUCCGCUACCGUCUCGACGACGCAGAAGAGCAAGCCCAGACCGCCGAACGCCCGAGCGCGGACAUAGCGCAUGAGCCUCUCGACUCGAAAUAUCAGUCCACUCGCGGUGCAGCCCUCCAGCCUUCCGCUUCAACUACCGUUCGCCCAGUGCAUAUUGCGUCUCGAGACUUCCGCUCCCUCGUCAGCGUCUACCAAGUCAAGCCUUUCGGGUACAUGCAGCGCAGAAGCGACGCGCUCAAGGCCGGCCCGGAGACACCAGAUACCGCGAACGGAGACGCUGCUGCUCUGGUUACGCUGCAGUCCAUGGUGCGGACACUGACGCGGUGCCAUACCGUCGUCGCGGUCAUGUCGAACGUCGGGUUCGUCUUGGCCCUCAUUGGGACGAUCACGUACUUCUGGACGGCUUUUCCCGUCGCACUGGGAAGUUUCGCGAGUGUUUGUCUGGGAUUGUGUCUCCUUGCGGGCGGGUACGCGGUUAUGUAG